AUGGCUACCUUUACUCGCAUCUCGGACGAUGAACGUCCAACCAUUACCGUCGACCCAAAGGCAGUAAUCUCCAAGAUUGAAGACAACAUCUAUGGAGGAUUCACAGAACACAUGGGCCGCUGCAUCUACGGCGGCAUCUACGACCCGGGAAACCCCCUGUCCGACGCCAACGGCUUCCGCACAGAUGUCAUUGAGGCUAUGAAGGAGCUCAACGUUCCGGUUGUGCGGUAUCCCGGUGGUAACUUUGUUGCUACCUACCACUGGCUUGAUGGUGUUGGACCCAAGGAGAAGCGACCUGCCAGACCUGAGCUGGCUUGGAUCGGCACUGAGAGCAAUGAAUUUGGAACCGAUGAGUUUCUCAAGUGGUGUGAGGUUGUUGGCACCGAGCCUUACUUUUGCCUCAACUUUGGAACCGCCCUCGGAUGGGUCGAGUACUGCAACUCUGACCGAAACAGCUACUACGCCAACCUCCGUCGUCAAAACGGCCGUGAAAAGCCCUACAACGUCAAGUACUGGGCUCUUGGAAACGAGAUGUGGGGUCCCUGGCAAGUCGGCCAAAUGACAAAGGAAGACUACGCAAAGCAGGCCUACCAGUGGGCCAAGGCCAUCAAGCUUCUCGACCCCAACGUUGAACUCAUCCUCUGUGGUGAGACUGGUUACAGCACUUGGGACUCUUACGUCGUCAAGGAGUGCAUCAAGUUUGAUCUCCACGGUCUGGGUGGUAGCACUACGGCUAGCUUGAUCGACAUGCACAGUAUUCAUGUGUAUACUGCUAGCUCUGAUCACUACAAGAACGCUACUGCCCCCCGAUCUGCCGAGAGGGCUAUUGAGAUUACGGCUGGUCUUAUUGAUCUCGCCCGUAUCGAGAACAAUGUUCCUCCUUCAGUUCGACGACAAAAGAUUUGCUUCGACGAGUGGAACGUUUGGGAUCCCGUUCGCGCUCCUGGAGAAGAGGGUGCUGAAGAAAAGUACAACCUCUCCGAUGCCCUUGCCGUUAGUGUCUGGCUCAACGUCUUCAUCCGUCAAUCCAAGCACAUGGGCAUGGCCAACAUUGCCCAAUCCGUCAACGUCAUCUCACCCCUCAUGACGACCAAGGACGGCAUCCUCAAGCAGUCAACCUGGUGGCCUCUUCUCCUCUACAGCAAGUACAUGCGUGGUUCCACCAUUGCCGUCAACGUCCGCUCCGGCGAGUACGCAGGUGAUACCCAGCCCGCCUGGAUUCGCGGAGCCAUUGAGACGCCUUGGUUGGAUGUUUCUGCUGCUCUUGACAAGGAUGGUAUCGUCAACUUGGCUGUUGUCAACAUCCACGAGGAAAAGGACUAUGAGACUGAGCUCAAGGGUCUUGUCAGUGGAGAUGUUGAGGUGCACACCGUGAGCGGCGCAGACGUCAAGGUUGUCAACACAGCCGAGAAGGAAGAAGUCGGCAUCAAGGAGACCAAGUGGGAUGGCAAGGGAACCUUUACCUUUCCCAAGCACUCCCUCACUCUUCUCCGCUGGAAGCUGUAA